AUGUCGGUGCAGGUCGUGUCAGCAGCUGCUGCCGCGAAGGUGCCUGAGGUGGAGCUGAAGGACCUGAGCCCCUCCGAGGCGGAGCCGCAGCUGGGACUGAGCACAGCGGCCGUGAGCGCCAUGGCCCCCCCAGCGGGUGGCGGGGACCCUGAAGCUCCAGCUCCGGCGGCGGAGCGGCCCCCGGCCCUCGGUCCAGGAUCGGGGCCCGCCGCGGCUCUCAGCCCAGCCGCUGGGAAAGUGCCUCAGGCGUCGGCCAUGAAGCGGAGCGACCCUCAUCACCAGCAUCAGAGGCACCGCGACGGCGGCGAGGCCCUGGUCAGCCCCGACGGCACCGUCACCGAGGCGCCGCGCACAGUCAAGAAGCAGAUCCAAUUUGCUGACCAGAAGCAAGAAUUCAAUAAACGUCCCACGAAAAUUGGACGUCGCUCUCUGUCUCGCUCGAUUUCCCAGUCAUCAACUGACAGCUACAGCUCAGCGGCUUCAUAUACAGAUAGCUCUGAUGAUGAGACCUCUCCUAGAGACAAACAACAAAAGAACUCUAAGGGGAACAGUGACUUCUGUGUCAAGAACAUCAAACAGGCAGAGUUUGGACGAAGAGAAAUUGAAAUUGCUGAACAAGAAAUGCCAGCACUGAUGGCUUUGCGGAAGAGAGCUCAAGGAGAGAAACCUUUGGCCGGAGCCAAGAUUGUGGGUUGCACACACAUCACUGCUCAGACUGCUGUGCUUAUGGAAACUCUGGGAGCUCUGGGAGCACAGUGCCGAUGGGCUGCCUGCAACAUCUAUUCCACCCUCAACGAAGUGGCUGCUGCUCUAGCAGAAAGUGGAUUUCCUGUGUUUGCCUGGAAAGGAGAGUCAGAAGAUGACUUCUGGUGGUGCAUUGAUAGAUGUGUGAAUGUGGAGGGCUGGCAGCCAAACAUGAUCUUGGAUGAUGGAGGGGAUCUUACUCACUGGAUUUAUAAGAAGUAUCCCAACAUGUUUAAGAAAAUCAAGGGCAUAGUGGAGGAGAGUGUUACCGGAGUCCAUAGGCUGUACCAGCUAUCCAAAGCUGGGAAGCUGUGUGUUCCAGCCAUGAAUGUCAAUGACUCAGUCACGAAACAGAAAUUUGACAACCUCUACUGUUGCCGUGAAUCAAUUCUUGAUGGACUUAAAAGAACAACAGACAUGAUGUUUGGUGGGAAGCAGGUGGUGGUCUGUGGCUAUGGAGAGGUCGGGAAGGGGUGCUGUGCUGCCUUGAAAGCUAUGGGCUCCAUUGUGUACGUGACUGAGAUCGACCCCAUCUGCGCUCUUCAAGCCUGUAUGGAUGGAUUUCGACUGGUGAAAUUGAAUGAGGUCAUCCGACAAGUGGAUAUUGUUAUUACCUGUACAGGUAAUAAGAAUGUGGUAACCAGAGAGCAUUUAGAUCGUAUGAAGAAUAGCUGCAUCGUUUGUAACAUGGGACAUUCAAACACGGAGAUUGACGUGGCGAGCCUGCGGACACCAGAACUGACAUGGGAGCGAGUGAGAUCCCAAGUUGACCAUGUAAUAUGGCCUGACGGCAAGAGGAUAGUAUUGUUGGCAGAGGGCCGUCUGCUGAACCUAAGCUGCUCCACAGUGCCUACAUUUGUGCUCUCAAUCACUGCUACAACUCAGGCUCUAGCCCUGAUAGAGCUCUACAAUGCUCCUGAGGGUCGCUAUAAGCAAGAUGUCUACCUGUUGCCCAAGAAAAUGGAUGAGUAUGUGGCCAGCCUACACCUGCCCACCUUUGAUGCCCACCUGACUGAGCUGACAGAUGAACAGGCCAAGUAUCUGGGGCUCAACAAAAAUGGGCCCUUCAAGCCCAAUUACUACAGGUAUUAA